AUGGCUGCGACGCAGGCUGAGUCUCAGCGAAGUGAAGCGACCGUAGAUCAGAGUCCAUCGGAGCAGCUCAGUGAAUCUCGGAACGCUCUGUUACAAAACGGCACAGAUAAGUCCGUCGGGCGCGUUCCGCUCGAUGGCGUUGUGAAUACUAAGAGUAAAUCGCCUAUGUCUGUCGAAGCGGGCCAGCCUCGAGACGGAGGCGAAGCGCCAGGUCACGAUCGGCCUGGUGCCGAUCAGUACGGGGCCUACAGGUAUCCAGAAGGCGCCGACCCGUAUUACUCACCUAGGCCAGGCUUCCCUGGCAAGCCUAGGCCGCCUCAACAACAAAGAUUCUUUCCGGGCCAAGCUGUAUCGCAAGCACCAGGCCCUACGCCAACUUUGAACUCUUUAUUGCAAUCUAGUGGCGUGCCACCGCACCGUUAUCCAAACAAUUAUGAUCAGCCACAGGGUGCCUAUGGCCCCACUCCAGGCUGGCCGCCUCCGCGACCUAUGCCUCCAUACAACCCACAAGGGGGACCAUAUAGGAAUUCAACAGUAAGUGCUUAUUUAUUUAAGUUCACAUUCUUCAAUGUUUAA